AUACGGUAAAGAAUUACAGAGAUCGUAGACGAGGAUGAGUUCUAUUGCGCUGAAGAUUGGAUCAUUGAUUGUGCGGACGUUGGCGAAGCCGGUCGCGAACCAGCUCAAAGCACAAGCGAAACAGCAUGAACGGUUUCGAGGCAUGUGUAUAUCACUCGCUCAAACGAUGCAUCGGAAUGAGAUGAGGAUGCGGAUCAAUCUGUUGAGGGAAGGUGUCAAGGAGGGCCUACCAGAACCGAAGAUCAGACCUCUAAACGAGGCAAAGGCGGUGGAUACCGGUGCGAACUUUAUCUCCGAAGCGUUCAUAUUUUCCGUAGCCGGAGCCCUAAUCCUCUUCGAAUCCUACCGCUCCCGCCAAAAAGAACUCAAUCGCCGCGCCGACACUCGCUCCUCCAUCACCGACCUCGAAGAAGAAGUCACUCGUCUCCAAGAAACCAUUCGCACUCUAGAAUCAUCCCUCCAGAAAGACCUAGAAGAGACAGAAGAACAACGCGAAGAAAGACAUAGACGGCAUACCGAGGAAUUCGUCCAGAUGGUCGAGGAUGGGGUACGGCAGCUGAUAUAUGGGUUUAGUCCGGCGUUGGGGAGUGGGUAUGAUGGUAAUGGACCACCGAUUCAGAUUGAUGGGAAGGCUAUCGCAGCUGUUGCGGAGACUGUGUUGCAGCAGGUUGCAGGGGAGGGAGCGGCAAGUGAUAUUCGGAGGGAGUUGAGGGAGGAGACGAGGGAUCCGGAGAAGGUAAGGGAAGAUUCGUCAAGGAGGUGAGACGGAGGCGCGUAGAAGGAUGUGGGAGAAGCGAGGCAUAUGAGGGAAAGACGACAUCUCUUCACUCAACCUAUACCAGAAUACCAAAU